AUGGAUUCCAAGGAACCAAACAAGUGCUCUUACGCGGAAAAAAGAAAGGCUGCAAUGCAACUCAAACGACGUGAUAUGCAAAGUCAAAUAUCUGCUUAUAGAAGAGAAGCGAUGUUGCUAUCACGACGUAUGAGAAGACAAGAUUCUGCUAAAAAUAUCCUUCUUCAAAGCUCCAAUUUUGCUGUCCCAGAGCAAUCAACAUCAUCUUGGGCCAAAGCAGAAUUUCCAAAACAAACUGCUCUUACCAUACGAGAACCUCCUUCCCUUGCGCAAAAAGCUACCAACCAUCAAGCUUGCGUGACUACAUUGGGUGAUAAUUUAGAAAAAGGAAAGAGUAUAUUGGAUCCCCCUACCAUUUGUGAAUCAGCUGCCAGUCUUCAAACUUGCACGACUACAGUGAUGAAUAAUGUAGAAAAAGGAAAGCAUAUGUUGGAUCCCCCCAUCAUUCGUGAAACAGGGUCCACAUCGGGUACAUCUAACCUGCCUCCUGUUUCCUUGAACGCCGUUCCAAUCAAAGUUCAUAGUCGGGCCAGAAAGGUGUUUCUUGCUGCUAAGGAGCAACAAAGUAACUAUGUUGCUCUAAAAAACGUUCCGCAUUGCCAAUACUGUUGUGCAAAGAGGUUCGAAUAUGAACCUCCAGGAUUUUGCUGUAACAGUGGUUCAAUAAGGUUGACAUCUCAUAAAAUGCCACCUGAAUUAUCAGAGUUAUACUUUGGAAAUACUGAAGAAUCUGAAAACUUUCGAACUUAUAUUAGAACAUACAGUAACAUGUUUGCAUUUACUUCACUUGGUGUAAAGUAUGAUAAAGAGCUAGCGAGAAGAAAUUGUGAUAUCUACACAUUUAGAGUCCAGGGACAAAUGUAUCAUUUUAUAGAUGAUUUAAUUCCUUCCAAUGAAAAACCCAGAAAUUUACAAUUGUACUUCUAUGAUCAUAAUAAUGAACUAGCUAAUAGGAUGGCUUGUUCGACAAGAAUUAAUGAAUCAAUAGUGCAAAAGUUGAUGGACAUAUUGAAAGUAAAUCCAUACACUAUUUUCUUAAAAUCUCUCUUAAAUGUUCCCCAGCUAUCUGAUUUCUAUAUUGCUCUUAAAUGUCACUCAACCUUAGAUCAACGAACACAUAAUUUACCUAGCUCAUCAGAGAUUGCAGCAUUGUGGCUUGAAGAAAAUCCUACAGACAUUUCUGCACCACAUAUUCGAAUUUAUACCCAUAGCAAUAGAGCUCGAUUAGUACAUUAUUAUUAUGGAUGUUAUGAUCCGUUACAAUAUCCGUUAUUAUUUCCCUUCGGUGAAAAUGGAUGGCAUUGUGGAAUCAAAAAAAUUAUUCAAACAAAUAAUGUGACGAAACGUAGAGCUUAUUGUGAACAUGAACAGUUACCCAGUAUAUCAAACAUGUGUUCAGUUGAUGGAUUUCUUGAUAUGGAAGAUGAAUCAUUACAAAAAGGAAAACGAAAAAGAGAUACAGUGUCUUGUCGAGAGUAUUACUGUUACAAAUUUCAAAUAAGAGAUACUGAAACAAAGUGA